CACACCCCCAGGGAGAGGCCGGGUGGGGACGGCGGGGCGCAGCCCUCCCAGUAGGGUUCCCGCCGACGCUGCCCUCCAAGCCACCCGAUCUUCGAGCCAGCCGGACCCACGGACCCACGCAAGGGAAAGGGGCCGGCCCCGGGGCGGCGGGGGCGGCCGUCGGAAGGCUCCCUCCACUCCGAAGCCGUCUUCCAAGCCCCGCAACAUGGCCCGGGGCGGCAGUCAGAACUGGAGUUCCGGGGACUCAGAUGGCAGGCCGGAGGAACAGGCGACCGGAGAAAAGAUGGUGAAGGAGACCCAGUACUAUGACAUCCUGGGGGUGAAGCCCAGCGCCUCCCCGGAGGAGAUCAAGAAGGCCUAUCGGAAGCUGGCGCUCAAGUACCACCCGGACAAGAACCCGGAUGAGGGCGAGAAGUUUAAGCUCAUAUCCCAGGCAUAUGAAGUGCUAGAUCCAAAGAAAAGGGACAUUUAUGACCAGGGCGGCGAACAGGCAAAGGAAGGAGGCGCAGGCAGCCCCAGCUUCUCUUCCCCCAUGGACAUCUUUGACAUGUUCUUUGGUGGCGGAGGACGGAUGGCUAGAGAGAGAAGAGGCAAGAAUGUUGUACAUCAGUUGUCUGUAACUCUUGAAGAUUUAUAUAAUGGAGUCACAAAGAAAUUGGCUCUCGAGAAAAAUGUAAUUUGUGAGAAAUGUGAAGGCAUUGGUGGGAAGAAGGGAUCUGUGGAGAAGUGCCCAGUGUGCAAGGGGCGAGGGAUGCAGAUUCACAUCCAGCAGAUCGGGCCGGGCAUGGUGCAGCAGAUCCAGACCGUGUGCAUCGAGUGCAAGGGCCAGGGCGAGCGCAUCAACCCCAAGGACCGCUGUGAAAGCUGCAGUGGUGCCAAGGUCAUCCGAGAGAAGAAGAGUAUCGAGGUGCACGUGGAGAAAGGUAUGAAAGAUGGGCAAAAGAUACUGUUUCAUGGAGAAGGAGAUCAGGAGCCUGAGCUGGAGCCUGGUGAUGUCAUAAUUGUGCUUGAUCAGAAGGAUCAUAGUGUCUUUCAGAGACGAGGCCAUGACUUGAUCAUGAAAAUGAAAAUUCAGCUUUCUGAAGCCCUUUGUGGCUUCAAGAAGAUGAUAAAAACACUGGAUGAUCGAGUCCUUAUUAUUACAUCCAAAUCAGGUGAGGUGGUAAAGCACGGGGACCUGAAAUGUGUGCCCAACGAAGGAAUGCCAAUCUACAAAGCACCCCUGGAGAAAGGGACGCUGAUCAUACAGUUUUUAGUAAGUUACUUUCCUGAAAAACACUGGCUGUCUCAAGACAAGCUUCCCCAGCUGGAAGCUCUGCUCCCUCCUCGACAGAAAGUCAGGAUUACAGAUGACAUGGAUCAGGUGGAGCUGAAGGAGUUCAAUCCCAAUGAGCAGAACUGGCGCCAGCACAGGGAGGCCUACGAGGAGGAUGACGACGGGCCCCGGGCCGGAGUGCAGUGCCAGACGGCAUGACGCGGCCCGGCGCAGCGUGGCCCGGCCGGACUAGCACAUGAUGAAUGUAAAGUUGGCACAAUGAAAAUGGCGUCGCUUUAAUGGCCUCGUGUUUGGGGUGUCCUGUGUAUGUGUUCAGCAUUCUCAACUGCUGAGUGUCUUUUUGGUUUUUCUUUUGUUUUUCUUUUGGUUGUAACGUAAGUUAUCGGUUUAUAUUUAAAUGUUUUAAGUGUAAAUCACUCUAGUCUGCAUAUGGAAUCUGUUUAUUUACAUUUUCAGGAUAUUUUUGAGAUGCCAGUGACCGCACUGACACUUUGUACUUCUAGAGGCUUUGCCAUAAUUCAGUUCCACCAAUAAAGCACAGCCCAGACAACAGCACUCAGCCCCCUAGCAAACCUCCAGGCAUGAAGUGGGCGACCUGGCCCAAGUCUAGCUCUGCGGUUUCUUUCCCUCCCCACCUCCCUCAUAAUGGCAAAGUUACUGAGGGCAUGAUCUCAGGGCUGCUCAUGUGACAUUUCUGGAUCUAGAUUCCAGAUGCUUCUCCUCAAGAAUAAAAGCACAUCUGCGGGUUGGGCUUGGCUGCAGUGCCUGGUUCACGCUGAGUGGGCUGCAGGGCCAACUUGGUUCCUACCUGUGUCCUGUGCCCUUGAAUGCUUGGAAUGGGGUGUGAGUGUGUCUGAUCAUCUCUCUUGGAAGCUUCCUGAACCUUCCAGGCCUUGCGGUGAGGACAAACCAGGGUUUUAAAUGAAACGCUGAUAAAACUGUUUGCCUGCGCCCCCCGCACCUUGUUUUUUGUUGUUUGAUUUUCUGUUGACAGCCUUUGCAGUGCUCUCCCACCAAAGUGCUUACUUGUAAAGAUAACGAAACCAUCCAUGUCCGCAGCAGCCUCAGUGCAACGGAAUCCACGGAGAUGCUGGUGGUUCAGCCCCGUGGCACAGCCAGCUUCCCUGUCUGACCAGUGAUCCGGGAUGACUUGAGGGUCUGGAAAGGCAGAGGACAUCUCAGUGUUUUCCACCUCAUUCUCCCAGAUUGAACUCCCUUCCAAAGGAUGGUUCCUCUCCUUGCACAGCCAUAUCACAAAGGGCUUCCUGCUCAAGGGAUAAUGUUUUAGUGAGAACUGAAGUUCUACUCUGGACCGCAGUCUGUCUGGACUACCACUGUAAAUGAUAACUUGUUGGGAGGGAUAUUAUUAACUCCUGGCAGGUAGACUACAAUUUAAAUUUAGGGUUACCUCAACCUUUAGCCAUUACUGCUCCUUUCCUUCCCACAACAGUCAUGAAGAAAAACUCCUGCCUUCUAAGCUGCUGGGUUAAAGCAGAGGCCACUUUUCAGAUCCACCCUUAUUGGGUAUACAGUAUCUGAGAGUUUGACUCAGACCAGGGACCUCCCCAGGAGGGCCAAAGGGUAGAUGAGACCCAUGGCAGGUAGGUCCAGUGGAUGGACCAGGCUCCAGCUGGCUAGUGGGUGGGCAUAAUUUGCUCAAAAUAGGUAUAGAAAGAGCCCACCUGUCCCACUUUGACCAUCAGUCAGGAAAGACAUAAAACCUAUUCUUCCAACUAAGCCUAUAUGAAAAUCAAUUGACAAAUGGACCACAACUCCAGGGUGUUCUGUUUCUGUGCUGUGACUUCCUAAUUAUUGCUAGAAAACUGUCUAGUUGAUGAUGAGGCAAAAUUACAUUCAGCUCCUUGUCAUGUAAAGAAUUUGGAGGGUGUUGCUUAAAAUUUAUUCCACCUGUAUAUUUGUCACUUUAAAAUUAAAAUUGAGCUGGUAUGAGA